GCUAAUUUGGAGAAUGCUUACGAGUGAAUCACUGUGGGGUAAGUGGAUUGAAGCAAAUUUACUGAAAGGAAAAAGCUUUUGGGAACUAAGCUCGAAAAUGGUGAAUGGAUCUUGGAUGUGGCAUAAAAUGUUAAAAAUGAGAACUGAAGCGAAGCUGUUUUAUAAAAAAGAGUUGGGUAAUGGCAGACAUGUCUCUUUCUGGUAUGAUACAUGGUCGGUGAGGGGUGCUAUCUUUGAUAUUUUGGGUCUUAGAGGAAUCAUUGACUUGGAGGUCAGGAGGAAUGCAACCCUGGAGGAAGCUGUUUUAAGUGUCAGAAGGAGGAGGAGGCAUCGUACUGACUUGUUGAAUGAUAUCGAAAGGGAGUUAAAUAUUAUUGCUAGUAAAUUGGAUCCUGAGAAGGAAGAUAUAAAUGUUUGGAAAGGCAAAUCAAGGUACAAACAGAGGUUUUCAUCACGAGAGACGUGGAUCAUUUUAAGGGAAAGAAAACCGCAUUGUAUGGUCAUGUGGUAUUUGGUUUCCUCAAGCUACUCCAAAAUUUGCUUUCAUGGCAUGGCUAGCGAUAAAGAAUAGAUUGUCUACUAUGGACAGAGUGGCUAUAUGGAGUCAGGGGGUAGACACAAGUUGUGUUUAGUGUAAAAAAGCUACUGAAACGAGAAGCCAUUUAUUCUUCGAGUGUGAUUACUCUUCUCAGUUAUGGGAGUAUGUUGCUAAAGGUAUUCUGGGAUCUGCUUAUACUAAAGAUUGGUCUGAGAUACUGGUGAUUAUAUCGGAUGAGAAAAGGGAGAAGAUGAGUAGAUAUUGCAUAAGAUAUGCAUUCCAGGCGGUGCUAUAUGCUGUGUGGAGAGAGCGUAACAAGCUAAUGCAUGGAGAGAAGCUGUUGCCUCUUCCAACUAUAAAAACACAGGCUGAGAAAGGAAUUAGAAACAAGAUCUCUUUGUUGAGAAGGGAUAGGGUGAAGGGCAUGGAGCAACUGAUGCAAUUUUGGUUUCUUACUAGAAUGUAAAUAGGAAGCUAAUAUGUAAGAAGGGGAGGGUAGUUGAUCUUGAGUUUUCUUUAUAGAAACAGAGGAUGCACUUGAUGUAUACAGGCUUUUUUGAAUGAAUUUAACAUUAAUUCAAAAAAAAAAAAAAAAAAAUUAAUGAAAUCGAUGAUUCUUUUAGCUAGAAUCGUUGGAUUUUUUUCUCGGGAUAUUAGUUUUGUUGGUUAUUCUCUCUAGACCAUCUUAUGUUGAAUAAUAUAAUCGAUUUUCGUUGUAAAUAUAUAUUUCAUUUACAAAAAAAAAGAAAAAAAAAAACACUAAACAUUGAGAGAAUUAGUGCCGCCAUGAUAAUUCAAAUAAAUAAAUAAAAACUCCGCACAUGUAUGUUCUCACAGCACCGACGACGACGAGCUCAUGGACUUUGCAUGCCGUCCUCUUUCUACUUUUCGCGUCUCGUAGACCGUUCGCUGCUCUCAAAAUGUCCGACUUUAGCCAGAAUCGUCCAUGCCCAACUCGUGAAAGUUGGAUUGAUAGACAAUACUUUCUGGGGAAAUCGCUGUCUUCAGCUCUACUUCAAAUCCAGCUCCGUCAUCGAUGCUUUGCAAUUGUUUGAGGCUAUCCCCGAAAAGAACAACAUAUCAUGGAACGUCUGCUUAAAGGGUUUGUUAAAAAACGAUUAUCUCAAUCACGCACUCUACCUGUUCGAGGAAAUGCCUGAACGGGAUGCUGUUAGCUGGAACACAAUGAUAUCAGGGUUUGCUUCUUGUGGGUAUCCGAGAAAUGCGAUGAGGACAUUCUUGGAUAUGCAGAGAUAUGUUAUUAGGCCAACGGAGUUCACGUUUUCCACUCUAGCUACACUGGUUACUUGUGUACGCCAUGGGGAACAAAUUCAUGGUAAUGUUAUUUGCAGCGGUGUAAGUUUGUCCAGUCCGGUGGUGUGGAAUUCUCUUAUGGAUAUGUAUAGAAGGCUAGGAGUUUUUGAUUAUGCUUUAUCCGUGUUUUUAACAAUGGAGGGUAGAGAUGUUAUCUCGUGGAACUCUUUGAUCUUGUGUUGUUCUGAUUCUGGAAACAAAGAAGUAGCUUUGGAUCAGUUUCGAGUAAUGAGAGAAAUGGGGUAUCAACCUGACGAAUACACAUUCUCGACAGUUGUAUCUAUUUGCUCGGAUUUACAAGACUUGUGCAAGGGUGAGCAGGCUCUAGCUCUUUGCAUCAAGAUGGGGUCUCUUUCUAACGCCGUUGUUUCAGGAGCUGCGAUUGACAUGUUUUCCAAAUGCAACAGAUUGGAGUAUGCGGUUAAGCUUUUUCGACAGUUGGAGAAAUGGGACUCGGUGUUGUGCAACUCUUUGAUUGCUAGCUAUUCGUGGCAUGGUUUUGGAGAAGAGGCUCUUAAGCUUUUUAUUCUCGCUAUGAGGCAGAGAGUUCAGCCGGAUAAGUUCACUUUCAGUAGCGUUUUGAGCUCACUGAAUGUCGUGAUGGUAGAUCACGGAGCUCAAGUUCAUUCUUUGGCUGUCAAGUUAGGGUUUGAUCUGGACACACCUGUGGCAACCUCACUCAUGGAGAUGUACUUCAAAACCGGGUUGGUUGAUUCAGCAAUGCGAGUGUUUGUAACAACUGAUGAGAAAGAUUUGUUAUUUUGGAACACAGUGAUAAUGGGUUUGGCAAGAAACAGCAGAGCAGAUGAGUCCCUUGCCAUUUUCCGUCAAUUGUUGAUGCACCGAGGUCUGAAACCGGACAAAGUGACUUUAAUGGGUGUCUUGGUAGCUUGUUGUUAUGCUAACUUUGUUAACCAAGGGAUUCAGAUAUUCUCUUCGAUGAAAAAGGUUCAUGGAGUUGAUCCCGAGAAUGAGCAUUACGCCUGUAUAGUUGAUUUGCUGUGCAGGGUUGGUAUGAUCAAUGAAGCAAAUGACAUUGCUGAGAAGAUGCCUUUUGAACCAAGCUCUCAUAUUUGGGAACCUAUUCUCUAUGCAUCCAUUGAUAUUGGAGACACAAGACUCGCUGAGAGAGUAGCAGAAAGAAUGUUAGAAUCUGAACCAAAGUCAUCGUUUCCUUAUCUUGUUCUCAUUAAGUUAUACGAGAUGACUUGGCGCUGGGAGAACUCGGUGAGAAUAAGAUACGCCCUGGAUAAACAAAAGCUGAAAUGCGCUCAGGGAUCAAGCAAGAUCGGUAUAAAGCACAGUGUAUACUGCUUUGAGGCUAACCAGUUGCAGAUUCAUGGAGGUCAUGAUACUUGGGCAACCUUGGAAUUACUGUCUUGGGACUCUGAUGAUCAGAGGUCUGCAGAACAGUUUGUCUAACAUGAUUACUCACUAUUAUUAGUGAGUGUUUUUUUCAUAUACUUUUAACCUUAGGAUGUUCCAAUUAAUGGUGGAGCUCGAUCUAAUUUUCAAUACCUCAUUCUGUUAACAGUUAGGGUAUUUAUAAGAUUAUGGUCAGUUUUGGUUUGGCUCUAUGGGUUUUUGCUUUAGUUCUCAUAAAAGUAUUGGAAAUCAACUAAUACCCCCAAAAAAUUGUAUUUGGUUCAGGUUUUUUGGCAAUUCCGAUCAAUUCACUAAAAUAUCAGAUGA